AUGCGCAGUUCAUUGCAUUUUCAGCUUCUUCUGGCGUUUACGUCGUACUGUGCCGCAAGCCCUCGAUGGAGCAAUACAUCAGCUCCUGCCUCGACGUUGAGGGUCAAUAUCAAGCCGCCUCAGAGCAUUCUUCCUGGCAACAAUUAUGCCACACACACUGCGACACCAACCUACAAUUACUUCUCCGAGGUUGCAUCUUAUGCUUCUACAACCCACGCAAGUGCUGUAUAUGGGAAUACAACCUUCGCCAGUGUGUGCCUCACGGCACCGCAGAAGGAGGCCAGCGACUGCUACGAGACAUGCAAAAGUUUUGCCAGCAUGUGUCGAUCUGACCAUUGGGAUUGGGACAAUGGCAACAAUGCAUACCAGAGUUCGAUGAAUUCGAAGUACAACGGCGGCACCAGCAAGGUCAUCACCGAGAUCGUCGAGACGCACUCUGAUCGGCUGAAGACAUCAUGGGCAUACGAAACAAGCUGGAGGACCGAAUGUUCUACCUCGACAGUGCUGGGAAGUCUAACGUCUGGCACCUACCUGACCUCUUGGUGGACUUUCGUCAACGGCAAAUUCACUGGAUUUCCAACCAUUGCGACUCACCAUCCCUUCGAGGUAUACACCACAAGUGUGCCUUAUGCGAUAGGCCAGGGAACAGUGGUCUCAGUCAAGACACCUGACAACUAUCUCAUUACUUCCACCCAGUUCUCACAAUGGCCCUACUCGAAAGAGAAGCCCUCGUGCUCACCCACAAGCUGGUUGCAAUGCUCGUACAGUCAAGACUGCAACAAGUGUACUAUCUCUGGAGGUACUGUGCAGCUGCUCUACUUCCCCGUAACGCGGACAACCGGCAGUACCCAGACAACUGCUCCUGCUACACUGAAGACCGAAGUGGCCACCACGGCCAUAUACGAGAACACCACCCUCACCUCUGGCUCGGUCUAUAUCUCUUUCAACUCCGCAUACGCUGACAAUGCGUGUGGUACUCCCGUCGGUAGAGGAUACCCGGGAGCAAUCCUAGCCAUGGACCCCAAGUCACUGAAGAGCAUCAACAUGGGCUGGGGCACGAUGUACGGCUCCGUCGCUGACCCUUUCGCCUUACCCGGUGCAUCAAAGUCAGCAUACCUCGUCGCCACCUCCUUCAACCUUGAAGACUUGCAAUGGCCAGUACCUGAAACAGCAUAUCAGCAACAACCAAAGUGCCAGAAUGGUCCUUUCGGAAAGUGCAGCGUCAUCCUCGACGACUACAAUCCGCUACUAGAAGUCCCCGAGCAGAUCAGGAAUCUAGAUCCCGCAUGGAAAACCUGUGAGCUCGAUUGGGAAGGUCUUUAUGAUCCGCCCAUCGCUGUACAACCAGCAAGCACAGUGGUGAAACCGAGCGCUGGUGACCCUCAAGCUUCGUAUACGUCUGCAGAGCCCGCGGGCUCCAUCACGUCGAUUGCCGUGGAGACGAAGCCGCCAAUAUCAGUGCCUUGGACCAAUGUCCCUGCUGCGUCUUCUGAUACACCAGCGGAGACUUCUGGACGUGAACAAACGUCAGCAACGUCUCAAGCGGUACCUGCUUCCACGGAGCGGCCACGAAGUAGCCGCACUGAUGCAUGGGACUCGCCAUCGGAGCCAGCCAUCACUACACGCUCGCUGGACGCACCAGGAUCUGCGGCAUCCCCAGAGGCAGGAAGUCAACCCAAUGAGCCUGUUGGAGCCCCGCUCAACCCACCAGGACAGUCGGCGAGCAGUCUUCCUGCAGUGAUCUCCACCGGCCUAACACCGCCUGCUGGUCAAAUUGAGGAUCCUGCGUCUCCAACUUCAGUUGGAAGUCCAGAAAACUCCGCUCAGGGCCCCGACUCGCCCGUUGUAGAUCCGAGCGAUGGAGGGAGCGCCGUGACACAGCCGUUCGCCAUCCUUCAAGCACCGACAACCGAGCACAGUGAUCCUGCUGGCAGCGCAAGCAACGUACAGCCUGGUAAUACGGCAGCUGACCCAGCUUCAGGCUCACAGGCGGCUUCGGCAGAACAUACUACUGUAGGACAAGUCAUAACUAUACCUCAGCAACCAGCAGGCCCAGAUCAGGCAGCGCCAGGAGUUGCCGCCUCGAGGACCACACUACUCGCUGCGAUUGGCACACAGACAGUGACCGCAAGUGGCGCUGCUCAAACCAUCUCAGGGCAGGUAAUUAGCCUGGGAGAAAGCGGACUCGUCUUUGGAACCAAGACGAUAGGCAUCCCUCAGAACGGACCAGGGACGCAGAGUCUGCCAAUACCUAAUGUUGGAAGCUCUGCACUAGCUGUGACCUUCUUUGCAGGCCCCGUCACUCAGCCAGCUGCACUCGGCACUCAUACCACGUUGAAGGCAGCGCAAGGCGCUGUACCAACGCAUGAUAAAGUGUUCACCCUUGGCACCAAGACAUACACCGCUUCUCGACCAGGCCCAUCAGGCGAAGCCGUGAUCGGCACUCUGAGCAUGACAGCUGGCGGCAGCGCUCUCACGUUGAAUGGUGGCACCGUCAGCCUAGCACCAAAUUACGACCUGAUCCUGGCCGACGAUGGCACAUCCUCCGCUUCGGCAGAAAGCAAGUCGACUCUCAAUUCAGGCAUCCCGCAACUGGUGAUAACCCUUGAUAACCCUCGGGACACAUAUUUACACCGCCGUCCAGCCAUCCGGUACGGAGUGUGCUGUGGUGGAUGGGAAGACGUUCUCGAUUGGACAGGCUGUCAGCGUGCCUGGUGGGACUGUCAGUUUCGAUACUGA